UUGAAGCCAAAUUUGGAGUCUUAGUGUAGACUGGGAAUCAAAAUUCUAGGCUCAUUCCUCUCACUACUCUAUCUAUGUUUCAUUGAGAUACUGCAAGCUGAAUAAGAGCAUAGAUAGUUCUAGUUCCUCUACUAUCUAUGAUGAGAGCAAUGCAACUGUUUACAGCAAAUAUCCUGCAGUUGUUUGCUUUUACUGCAGCCACACUGACAACAUCUCCCUCCACUGUGGCUUGUCCUGAUGACACUGUCACUUUCACCUGCACUCUGCCUGGUAGUGUCAUACGAUGGACGGUGUUUGCUGCAAUGAGUCCAUCACAAGGCCGGAUAGAGUUGUUCAGAAUCACUUUGAUUCCCAACACCAAUAUUAAUGAGACACGAGGUGAUCCAGCAUUCCGUGGUAUUCUUAAUGACUCCAGUGGAGGAUUGCUCACUGCCACUCUCACCUCACUGUCUGAGGCCUCAACUGUGGAGGGUAUUAUGGUGGAGUGUGUAGGAGAGAACUCACGAAAAGGUCCUCUCACCAUCACUGUGGCUGAUCCACCCUCCCCUCCACUGAACCCAACCGUAUCUUCCACUCUAAAUCAACCCAGCUCCUCUAAUAUCACUCUGGAGUGGAACUCCCCCUCCUCUACUGGUGGUGUGUCUGUCAGCUAUGUCCUCACCAUCUCCCCAACACCUCUCUCCAAGUCACCAGUCAUCGUGGGGACCACCUCUGGACAGAUCACCGUCUCUUACAACACUCCUUACAAUAUGACCAUCAGAGCUGUUAACUGUGCUGGAAUGAAUGAAACUUCAAUUGUGAAUCUAAUUGUGUGCCCCACACCGUUUACUGCUGCUGGGGUGACUAUCACCAACACACCUCCUGUCACUAUUGGUGGAUCCAUGCUCUCCUUCACUUGUAGUGGAGACAAUGAAGUGAGAACCUCAACCUGUGGCAGUAGCGGGUGGUCUCCUGACCCUGGGAGGACCUAUGACUGCAGAACAGUUACUUGUGGCUCUCCUGCCACACCAUCCAGAGGUAAUGUGGACGUCAAUGGUGGGACACCACCCUUCUUAAUAGGCUCACAGGUAAUCUACCGCUGUGACGAGGGACUGUUCCCUCCUGAUGUGAGGACCAGUACAUGCACUGAUGUGGGGGGUAGGGGAGAGUGGGUGGAGAAUCCUGGGAGCUUGGUGUGCAGGGAGAGGCCAGCCAACUGCUCUCUUCCUGCUGAGCCCUGUAACGGUGCUAUAGUGGAUUAUGAGAGGUUGAAUAAGACAGUGUUGGAGGGAACAGUGCUGACUUACCAGUGUGACAAUGGACUCUCACUGACUAGACAUAACAAAAUCACUUGCACUAAUGCUGGAGAGUGGAGCACUGAGCCUGAGGCAAUCAUGUGUGUAGUUAGUACUGAAGUUUCUACCUUGUUCUCCACUGCAACUGUCGCUAUCAGUGUGGUCAUCACUUUCAUUGUCACUCUAGUCAUUGGAUUCCUCACUGGACUCCUAGUGAUGCAUAUUUUCUCUCGUAAGAAGGCAGUAUACUUCCCGGCAACUGAAAGACAAGCUAACGUAGGACCCACUGCACAGCCAGCUGGUCCUGUUUAUGAGGAGGUGUCACCCAAAGAAGAGAUUGAACUCAACACAAACCAGGCAUAUGGACCGUUAGGACUGUGAAACUCAUUCACUAUAAUAUUCAAUAGCAUGCAUUCAACAAGUUAAUUGUGAUCAUUCUGCCAUUUAAUUUGUUUUAUAGGCCUAUAAUAAUUAUAUAGACUCGC